AUGUCCGACCGCCACAUUUUCACCUCCUCGGAGGGACUCGUCGACAAGUCCCUCAGAGGGUUCAUCUCAUACAAUCCCUCCCUUGGUCUGGACCAGUCAAACCGGGUGGUCUUUGAUUCAACAUACGACAAGUCCAAGAUCAGCAUCAUCUCUGGCGGUGGCUCCGGCCACGAGCCCGCAUGGGCAGGUUAUGUCGGCAACAACAUGCUGGCAGCCUCCGUGUCCGGAGACAUCUUUGCAAGUCCCUCUGCAAAACAAAUCCAGUCUGCCAUUGAGCGCGUGCCCUCAGAGGUCGGCACCAUUCUCGUCAUCACAAACUACACCGGCGACUGCCUCCACUUUGGCCUCGCAGCUGAGAAGGCACGGAGUCGGGGGCACAACUGCCGCAUGAUCAUCUGCGGUGACGAUGUGUCGGUUGGAAAGGCGGGUGGCAGCUUGGUCGGACGCAGAGGUCUUGCAGGACAGAUUGGUGUUCUCAAGGUCAUCAGCGGAGCGGCCGGUGUCAAGGCCGGCACCCUCGACGAUAUUCACAAGCUCGGGGUUUCUGUUGAAUCCGAGAUUGUGUCCAUCGCCGCCACCAUGGAUCACUGCCACGUUCCAGGGCGCACAGAACACGCCCGCCUUGGAGAAAACGAGGUGGAGGUUGGAACGGGACCUCACAACGAGCCUGGGUACAGCAAAGUGUCGCCGGCUCCAUCUGCGCAGGGCUUGAUUGACCAGCUGCUGCGGUACUGCUUGGACCAGGAGGACCCUGACCGAGCGUAUGUCAAGUUCAACAACGACGACGAGACGAUUCUUCUCGUGAGCAACUUUGGAGGAAUUUCCUACCUGGAAAUGGGCGCUUUGGUCGACGAGCUCCUCGAGCAGCUUGACACAAAAUGGAACAUCAGGCCAGCGAGGGUGUACUCAGGCCCUCUGGAGACCUCCCUUAACGCACCCGCAUUCUCAGUAUCGCUGAUGAACAUCACAGCGGCAUCAAAGAAAUGCAGCUUCUCCGCAGAGCAAAUCUUCCAAUUCGCCGACCUCAAGACUAAUACGCACUGGGAGUCAAUGGCCGGCGCGCAAGCCGUCCGCCGAGACCGGAAGCUCCAGUUCGUGCAGUCACCUCCCGAGGAGCCGAAGAAGAUCGAGGCGAACCGCGACGUCAAGAUGGACCCGGCGACGCUCAAGUCCAUGCUGAACAUGGCUUGCCUGGCGGUUAUCGACGCCGAACCCGACUUGACAAAGUGGGACAUGGUGAUGGGCGACGGCGACUGCGGCGAGACCCUCAAGACGGGCGCGUCGCAUCUACUCGAUGCUCUUGAUAACAAAGGCAUCGCGGCCGAGGGCUCCAUCGUCUCGGUUCUCCACGAGCUGGAGGACAUUGUCGAGAGCAAGAUGGGCGGCACGCUCGGUGGCAUCCUUGGCAUCUUCUUCGUCUCGCUCAGCAACUCGGUGGAAAAGAACGCGUCCCUGGCAAAGUCGCAGGGAAUUCUGCCUCUAUGGACUCUGGCGCUCACGUCUGCUUUGGAGCAUCUGAGCCACUACACGCCUGCCAAGAUUGGAGACCGGACGAUCCUUGAUGUGCUGAUUCCUUUUGUCGAGGCGAUUCGCAACAAGGGGUUCGAGGGAGCUGUUCAGGCGGCGGUCGAGGGGGCCGAGUACACGAGGAAGACCAAGGCGAAGCUUGGUCGCGCGACGUAUGUUGCGGCUUCUGGGAAGGAUACGUCAUUCCACCCUGACCCUGGUGCUUGGGGUGCGAUGGUCGCCAUCAAGGGCUUACAAUCUGGCAUGGCUUGA